AGCACCCCUCUCCCACGUAGCUAAAAGCGAUCUGCCGGUGCCGGCAUCCCUGCAGGUGUUGAUGUAUCCGUCAGAGUUCGCACAUACGUACCUGCCCCUCCACCUUGAGUGGCAUGCGUCAACUCUAAAGCCCAUCUUCUGAACACUGCAGCCCGCGCCCGGAGAAACCCCAUCCUUCUCUGCAGUCCUCGCCGUCCCCACCAUGCAGGCCGAGGUCGUCGUCGACUUGGCAGUGCAGGCGGCCGAGGCGGCGCUGCGGGUGGAGCGCCUCCAGCUGCGGGUGGCCAAGUUGGCUGUGGACGCGGCCAGGACCCAGGUCCGGCUGGCGGAGCGUCGCAGGGACGACGCCGUGGGGCGCAGCGAGCAGCGCGACGGCUGCGGAUCUGGGGACGCGUCGCCGUCGUCCCCUGCCGCCAAGAAGCGGAAGGCGUGGCCCUCCCCCGGAGCCGAAGUGGAAGUGGAGGCCCGGGAAAGGUUGGCGGCGCUGCAGGCCCAAGAGGCGGUGCUGGAGGCGGAGGCGGAGGCAGCGACGGGCCGCGUGCUGGAGCUGCAGCGACACCUGGACCUGCACGAACUGCCGGCUGCGUCGUCCCAGAGCGCUCCCCACUGCAUGGAAAUGGAGAUGGCGGCGCUGCCCGAGGACGAGCUGCUGCAGGUGCUGAGCUACCUGAGUCCCGGGGAGCUGUUGCAGUGCAGGCAGGUCUGCCGCCGGUGGCGGGACUUGGCGCUGCACCCGGACCUGUGGCGAAGCAAGAGCUUGGACGCCGACUCCGCCAGCUUGGUCGCUGCUGCACUACGUCUAGCCCCCUGCCUUGACCACCUCUACAUGUGUGGUUCGGAAAGCAUGGCUCUUCUUGGCGUUCUGCUUAGCUCCACGAGGUGUGCCGUUUCCCAGCUCUACAUCAGGGUCCAUCCAGCUGACGCAGUUCUCGCUGCAGUGGUGAUCAGCAGGCAAGCUGCCCUGGGACGACUGCGUUGCGUCCGACUGUCGCUCGUAUCAGACGAUUUGAAUGAAGAGACCGCCUUCCUCAGACUGCAGCGUCUUCAAGAAAGCCUUCUCUACACUCCUGGAUUGGAGCUGUUGGAGCUUUCCUUCGACGAAGGCACUGCGAACAUCAUGAAGACGAGAGCGCCUGUUAUCCAUUCAACGAGCAGCGACCUGCCAGUCCCGGCAUCCCUGCAGGUGUUGGAGUAUAUGUUGGAGUUCACAGAUACCUACCUGCCCCUCCACCUUGAGUGGCAUGCGUCAACUCUAGAGGACGUGACAUUCUGGAGCACUCCGCCUCCGCCACGCACUGCGGCGCUGCUCUCCACUAUGGCCAACUUGCGGGAGUUGUGCUGCCCCAUGAUGGCCGACAUGCCGGCCAUCCUGCAGUGCACGGAGUUGAAGGUGCUUCGGCUCACCGCGCGGCUGGACGAUGCAACGAGGCCUUUCUUGCCUGGCGUGCUGAAGUUCCUCCGAGAGGCCGUGAUGCACCUGGAGGACCUGACUCUCGACUUCUCCGUUGUUCCCCAUCUCCAAGCCACGGACACUGUGCUCAGGCUGGGUGGGUCUGGAGACGCUGUCCCAGCUCUCAAGUCCCUCCAGUUUCAAUUUCUGUGUGAGAAAGGUGUGUCACCUUCGCCCCCAGGCUACGAAACUGUACCGCUGCGCAAUCUGGCAACUAUCAUCCACCGCUUGAAGAAUCUUGUGCUCCUUGACUUAGACGGCCCGCUCCUUGAUGACCUGCUGCAUGAGCUGGACGGUGAAGUCCUUCCUCACCUGCAGGAGCUGCAUUUCAACUUGCCUGAGCCAUGCAUGCACAAGUGGGCAAACAGGGAGCAAGUCCGUGCGGCCGUGCUGAGAUGCCCACUGUUGCACUUGUCUGCGAUGAGCAAGUCGGAAGAGGGAGCUUGCAGUUUUUGCCAGGGUUGCUGUCGACAUGAUAGCCACGUACGGCACUUUGUGUUCAGCCAUCCAACGGAAGCGAUCUGUGGUGUAACUCACUUCGACUCUGAUAUUCACAUAAAAUAAUUUAAUUUGGGUGGCAUCGCGGCAAGCUCCCCCCUUCCAAAGAAAAACAAAACAAGGAAGUAUUAAAGAAUUUACAUGGAGGAAUGUUGGAUGCCUCACUGAUUCUUAUUAGUUCUUAGACAACCCAUUGUUUCUACUUUUGUAUUGAGAAUAAAUUCUUAUUAAAUACUUA